CGGAUGUUGCCGUUGUCAGUGGCGCCGGUUCCGGGUCGCUGAGGAGAUGGCGGCCCCGGGCGGCGCCGGUGGGGCUGGCGGGGGGCCGGGGCCGGAGCCGGAGCGGCUGCCGCUGCCCGGUGACCUGCGCAGUGUGCUGAUCACGAGCGUGCUGAACCUGGAGCGGCUGGACCUCGACCUGUUCAGGGGCCGGCAUCACUGGGUGCCCGCAACGCAGCGCCUCUUCGGCGGGCAGAUCGUGGGCCAGGCCCUGGUGGCGGCCGCCCGCGCCGUCAGCCGCCACGAACAGGUCCAUUCGCUGCACUGUUACUUCGUGCGGGCAGGGGAUCCCAAGGUGCCAGUGCUGUACAAGGUGGAGCGGACCCGAACAGGGAAGAGCUUCUCUGUUCGUUCCGUAAAGGCCAUCCAGCAUGGAAAGCCAAUCUUCACCUGCCAGGCCUCCUUCCAGCUCUCCCAGGAAAGCCCAGUGCAGCACCAGUUCACCAUGCCUGCUGUGCCACCCCCUGAGGAGCUGCUGACACAAGAGGAGCUCAUCCAGAAGUUCUUGCAGAAUCCUAACUUGGCAGAGAAGUACAAAAAGCAUCUCAACAAGAUUCAAGCUGAAGAUGUGCCAAUUGAUAUUAAACCUGUGAACCCACCAGAUAUAUUCUGUUCGGAGCCACAGGAGCCAAAGCAGCUCCUCUGGGUGCGAGCACGAGGCUACAUAGGAGAGACUGACAUGAAGGUGCACUGCUGUGUGGCUGCCUACAUCUCCGACUACGCCUUCCUGGGCACAGCCUUGCUCAGGCACCGGCAGUACCACAUCAAGUUCAUGGCAUCCCUUGACCAUUCCAUGUGGUUCCACGCACCCUUCCGAGCAGACCACUGGAUGCUGUACGAGUGUGAGAGCCCAUGGGCUGGUGGGUGCCGGGGACUGGUGCAGGGACGGCUGUGGCGCAGAGAUGGGGUCCUGGCUGUCACCUGUGCGCAGGAAGGAGUGUUCAGGGUGGAGCAAACACCAAACCAGAGCAAGCUCUAGCUGAGGAACCCCCACGGGCUGGGGCUCAGGUAUGUGAGGGAGGGACCCUGAGACCAAAACAGAUGCGAGCAAGGACGGACCUGGGCAGGAGCGGGAAGGAGCCUCGAAGGAGACCAGGUUGGAUCCAGCACUGGGGGAGUGCUGGUGCCAGAGGCCCUCUGCGACAGAUGGGGACCUGCAGAGGCAUCUGCUGUGACCGACUGCCAGCUGCAGAGCAUGUAACCGCACACUACUAUCAACCACCCUUCACCUGUCUUAAAUAAAGCUGUCAGGUGAACAGCU